CCUUUCAUGUCCCCUCGAUACCCUGGAGGUCCAAGGCCACCUUUAAGAAUACCCAAUCAGCCACUUGGAGGUGUCCCAGGAAGUCAGCCAUUAUUGCCUAGCGGGAUGGACCCAACACGGCAGCAAGGGCAUCCAAACAUGGGUGGGCCAAUGCAGAGAAUGACUCCUCCUAGAGGAAUGGUUCCAUUAGGACCACAGAACUAUGGAGGUGCAAUGAGACCCCCACUGAAUGCUUUAGGUGGCCCGGGGAUGCCUGGAAUGAACAUAGGUCCUGGGGGUGGUAGACCUUGGCCAAACCCAACCAAUGCCAAUUCUAUACCUUAUUCUUCAGCAUCUCCUGGAAACUAUGUAGGUCCUCCAGGAGGUGGAGGGCCACCAGGAACACCGAUCAUGCCUAGUCCUGCAGAUUCAACCAACUCUGGAGACAACAUGUACACUUUAAUGAAUGCAGUACCACCUGGACCCAACAGACCUAAUUUUCCAAUGGGGCCAGGGUCAGAUGGACCUAUGAGUGGACUGGGUGGAAUGGAUUCACAUCAUAUGAAUGGAUCAUUAGGCUCAGGAGACAUGGACAGUAUUUCCAAAAAUUCUCCCAGUAAUAUAAGCAUGAGCAAUCAGCCUGGCACUCCCAGAGAUGAUGGUGAGAUGGGUGGAAACUUCCUAAACCCUUUUCAGAGUGAAAGCUACUCCCCUAGCAUGACAAUGAGUGUGUGAUUUGUUAACAAGUCUCGCCGUGAAGACCACAGUGAGUUGGCCCUCUUCAGAGAGCUACUGCAGAAGAAAAUAAUUCAUCCCAGUGUACAGUUUAACAAAAGGAUCUCAGACACAAUCAGACCCACCUUUUUUUUCCUACCAUCUCCCCUGUUUUGUCAAGAAAGUGGGUCCCAAACAUGACUGAGGCGACUGUAAAGAGUGGCAUAACAGAAUUGCCCGAGAUGGAGCUGCAAACAAUUAUCUGUGUAUGUACAUGUGUGGGUUAAUGUAUAUGUAUGUGUGUGUCACAUAGAAAUGCACACAUACAUAUAUAGACCCACAGGACAUUGUAAAAUAUUAUCAUGUGACAUCUUAAGUAGAAAUGAGAAGUAGAAACUUUUCCAUCUUUUUUUUUUCACGUUUACAUUUUAAUUAUUAAAAUUUGCUUUCCCUCUCCCCUCCUGAACUGUUUUAUGUUGCAUAUAUCACUGCUUUAUAAGUUAUUUUUAAGGUGAAUACAAAUGAGAAAUUCUUCUGAUUUUGUAAAUGUCUGCCAUUAUGGAUAGGAAUAAAAAUGCUUAUAAGAGCUUUCAUUAACUUGUGUUUGAUACCAGUUACCCUGUGAAUCACAAAUUGUAUUGUCUCAAGAAAUAGAAGAAAGCUCAUCUUAAUUUUUUGGAGAAAUUUAAUAGUUUCACCUUGUUUGGGGAUCUUUUUAAUACUUUGCCUUUAAAAAAAG